CAUUGAAGUGAAUGGGUCCGCAUCCGUGAUGCAGAAUGCACACGGAACUGUGGAUCUCACACGUUCGGCCAUGGAUCUCACACGUUCAUGUGAACUCGGCCUUAGACUGAAGGGAAGUCCUUGUUGAUAAGUGAUGUUAUUUUCCAGCAAAAUAUCCAUCAGGGGGCAUAAGAAUUUACUUGAGCUUUAGUUCCCUGGAAUUUAAUCCUGCAUAAGGAAGGUGAUUUGCUUCUUAUACUUUCUUCUGCAAUAUCUUCAGGUUGAGAGGUUCUUCCCUGAGGUGCCUCAGCCCUGGAGCUCGGUCUAUUCUGACUGGUGGAUCAGGUGGUAAAUCAAGGAUUUCACUGAAUGAAGCCUGAAGGGCAUCGUGGACAUUUUUAGAGUCAGUUGGUUCAGGGAGAACUCUAACCCCUAAGUUAUAGCGAUGGCCUCUGUUAUCUGUGUCCUCUGGGGGUCUUCUGAUACCACAGCCUGAGUUUGUUCUAAUAGAAAUCAAAUAUAUUUUGGUCUUCCUCUAGUGAUAGCUUUCAGAUUCUCCCUGACCUCAGUGAUUUCAGAUUAGCAGAUAUUUCUGACCUCUGAGAUAAGGGACUGAAAAUCCCAUUUGGUUGGAAGAGAUUUUGAAUGUUGUACCCAAGUGUAUGAUCGGGGUCCGCAGGGAUCCCUUCACUAGAAUUAUGGGGGAUGGAAAUGACCAAGAUAUCUGCAGACUAUCAAAUAAAGUAGUAUAUGGAGGGCUCCCGAUGGAGAAGGCAGAGCUUGAGGACCAUCAUGAGUGAUGUGCUGAUCACCAACCAUGUCCUGGGCAGCAAAGACCAGCCUGUCUCUGGGUGCCUGUUGGCAGCUGCUGUUCUAAUGGUAAAGGAGGGACGAUCUGGCUGUAAGCCGAAGACAGCAGCUUUGAGGAGUCCAUGUCUCCCAGAGGGAGCUGCUGUUGAGGAGCAUCUAAGGGGUCUCUUGUGGGGGAAGCAGUCAGAAUAAACAAGGAGGAUUUUGGGGCCUUACUCUGAGGAAGCUGUGGGAGUUGCAGCAUCAACAGGGAGAUCCGAAACAGGUGCCGUCUUACUAACAUAGAGCUCUGAAUUAAAGAGUGCAGGAGACAGGUAACGGUUCAGAGUAAUAAGUGAAGUGGGGGUUUGAGAGGCAGUAAUGGCAUUAGGUUUCUGGUGCUUCUUUUUGCCCAUCAUAGUUGGGUUUAAGAAUGAUGGCUGGAGGAGAGGAGACUGGGAGUAGUUGUUUUACUUCUUCCAUGUACUUUGACUAGCUGAUUAACUUGGGUACAUGUUCUUUGGGUCCUUGCUGUAGAAAUUGCCUGAUAAGCACGGUGUAAUUGAGCUAGGAGGAUACCCUGACACCUUCCUGGUUGGUAGAGUACUGCAGGGCCUUGACACCUAAAACUGUAUCCUCAUUUUUCAAACAUGGCCAAAUGUAAAGUUUGCUCUCAGAAACCAGUGGUCUCUUUGGUAUUGUGGCCUGCUAGGGGAUGGGACUUCGGCACAGAUGUGAGGAGCAGAAUAUUGUUAUUUCCCCCUGAUAACUAAACCUAGAAGUGAAGGAGCUGAGAGAAGAGUCUGAUCUAUAGACAGAUCUACAGGAGGCCAUGUAUUCAGUCACUGUGUGCUUGUGUCUUCACAGAUGGAUCCACAAGGAGAAAUCCACCAGAGAGAUGUCCCCGUCCUUUGUAUUCCCAGGACUGUCCAGAGGAGAAGGUCCCAGAGAAUCCUCAGAUGACAAAUCAGGGGGAAGAUCUGACUGAUAUUAAAGUGGAGGAAGAAGAGAGGACGAUGGGCGAUCCGCCGUGUAGGAGUGAGGUGGAGGAGGACAUUCCAGGAGAUGUCAACACAGAAAAUCCCAGCAAGAUUUCUAUGGGGAAUUUUAUGGUAUCACCUGAUUAUAAAGCAGAAGAUGAAGAUAUCAUGCAGCAUCCUUCAGGAGAAAGCUUGAAUGUGCUUCUAGGACUUCAUAGUACAGAUCUCUCGUAUAAUGCCCCUAAUAAUGAGGAACCUUCCCCUAGCCAGUCACAAAUUGUUACUAUAAGUACAGGUAAGAAAAGGCUUCAGCGUGGGAAACGGUUCCGUAAAAGCUCAGUUCUUUCAACAGACAAAAAAAAUCACACAGGAGAAAAACCAUAUUCAUGUCCAGAAUGUGGAAAAUGUUUUAAACAGAAAUCACAUCUCAUUACACAUGAAAGCAUUCACACUGGAGCAAAACCAUAUCCAUGUUCAGAAUGUGGAAAAUGUUUCAGACAAACAUCAAGUCUUGGUAGACAUAAGAGAAUUCACACAGGAGAGAAGCCAUAUUUCUGUUCAGAAUGUGGGAAAAGUUUUAUAGUCAAAUCAAAUCUUAUUGAACAUGAGAGAAUUCACACAGGAGCAAAACCAUAUUCCUGUUUAAAAUGUGGGAAAUGUUUUAUAGAUAAAUCACGUCUAAGUAAACAUGAGAGAAUUCACACCCGAGAAAAACCAUUUUCCUGUUCAGAAUGUGGAGUAUGUUUUAUAGAUAAAUCACGUCUUAGUAAACAUGAGAGGAUUCACACCGGAGAAAAACCAUUUUCCUGUUCAGAAUGUGGGAAAUGUUUUAUAUAUAAAUCAUGUCUUAGUAAACAUGAGAGAAUUCACACCGGAGAAAAACCAUAUUCAUGUUCAGAAUGUGGGAAAUGUUUUAUACGGAAAUCAAUUCUUAUUAGCCAUGAGAGAAUUCACACAGGAGAAAAACCAUAUUCAUGUUCAGAAUGUGGAAAAUGUUUUAUAUGGAAAUCAAUUCUUGUUAGACAUGAGAAAAUUCACACAGGAGAGAAGCCAUAUUCAUGUUCAGAAUGUGGGAAAUGUUUUAUACGGAAAUCAGAAUUAAUUCGCCAUAAGAGAAUUCACACAGGAGAGAAACCAUAUUCAUGUUCAGAAUGUGGGAUGUUUUUCACAGAAAAAUCAAGUCUUGUUAAACAUGAGAAAAUUCACACAGGAGAGAAGCCAUAUUCAUGUUCAGAAUGUGGGAAAUGUUUCAUAGAGAAAUCACAACUUAUUAGCCAUAAUAGAACUCACACAGGAGAGAAGCCAUAUUCAUGUUCAGAAUGUGGGAAAUGUUUCAUAGAGAAAUCACGACUUAUUAGCCAUAAUAGAACUCACACAGGAGAGAAGCCAUAUUCAUGUUCAGAAUGUGGGAAAUGUUUCAUAGAGAAAUCACGACUUAUUAGCCAUAAUAGAACUCACACAGGAGAGAAGCCAUAUUCAUGUUCAGAAUGUGGGAAAUGUUUCAUAGAGAAAUCACGACUUAUUAGCCAUAAUAGAACUCACACAGGAGAGAAGCCAUAUUCAUGUUCAGAAUGUGGGAUGUGUUUCACAGAAAAAUCAAGUCUUGUUACGCAUCAGAAAAUUCACACAGGAGAGAAGCCAUAUUCAUGUUCAGAAUGUGGAAAAUGUUUUAUACAGAAAUCACAACUUAUUAACCAUGAGAGAAUUCACACAGGAGAGAAGCCAUAUUCAUGUUCAGAAUGUGGGAAAUGUUUUGCAGAGAAAUCAACUCUUCUUAAGCAUCAGAGACGUCACACGGAAGCGAAACCUUUUUCAAAUGUUGGAACAUACUAGGUUAUGACCUGAUCUUAAAAGAAGGUACAUUUUUUGGUUGGAGUUAACCUGGCUCUCCCAGAUGACUGAUUUCUAUUUUUUAACUGUGACCGAGAUCCAUGGAGGAAAAGUAUUUUGGAUAUAAUGAAGAAAAGAAGAGCCUUGUUUACUUCCAGAGCAGUGAAGAUGAACUGUCCCCAUGAACCUUGCUUCUUAUCACUGUAUUCACACCUCCACCCACACUAAGGGAGAAACCAGAGUAACAUGGGGAGAAGUAACGACGCUCCAUGUAAUAGUUUUAUAAUGUAUGUGGAUAUAUCAAUAUUUCAUCUUCAUUCAUUGAUACAGAUAAAACAAACUCUUCUAUUUGCUCCA